GAAUUUGCUGAGUAUGACUUCAAGCAUUCAGCUCAACGAUUGGAUGUGCCCUCAAAAUACUUACUUUCCAAGGCCAUAAAAAAGAAAAAUGGAUAUGAUCAAUUGAAGAGGACCAUGGUCUCACGAACCAUUUAUGUUCAAGUGCUCGACUUCUCUAUCACAGAGGAGCAGAUUUACCAAAUGUUUUCAAAAGUUGGAGAGGUUGAAAAAGUUAUAGCAGGGUUGAAUAGUCAAAGUCAGGAACCCUGUGGAUUUUGGUUUAUUAUUUUUGAGAAUCAAGAGGGCGUAUUUCAAGCGAUCAAGUACUUGAACCAAACCAAACUUAUGAAUCAUUUUCUUCAAAUUGAUUUAGAUCUGGGGUUUAAAAGUGGUAGAGAAUUUGGUAGAGGGGUUAAAGGAGGA